GGCCGCGCGGGCGAUGGCACAUAAAACGGCUCGCCACCCACCGGGCCGCUCCUCCGUGCACUGCCGUCCGGGGCCUGCUGUGCCGUUGCGGCCCGCGUCUCCAGAGUCGCCGUCUCUGUCGCCUCCGUCCCAGUUCCGGUUCCCCGCGGGCGCGGAGCCUCGUGAGCGCCAGGCGGCCGCCAGGGCGCGCAGACAUGGGCAGCCGCACCGGAGCGCGCCGGGCGGCCGCGGCGCUGGGCUGCGCCGGGCUGCUGUGCGCCGUGCUGGGCGCCGUCAUGGUGGUGAUGGUGCCCUCGCUCAUCAAGCAGCAGGUCCUCAAGAAUGUGCGCAUCGACCCCAGUAGCCUGUCCUUCGACAUGUGGAAGCAGAUCCCGGUGCCCUUCUACCUGUCCGUCUACUUCUUCCACGUCCUCAACCCCAACGAGAUCCUCCAGGGCGGGAAGCCGCAGGUGCAGGAGCGUGGGCCCUACGUGUACAGGGAGUUCAGGCACAAGAGCAACAUCACCUUCAACGACAACGACACAGUGUCCUUCCUGGAGUACCGCAGCUUCCAGUUCCAGCCCCACAAGUCCCGCGGCCUGGAGAGCGACUACAUAGUCAUCCCCAACAUCCUGGUCAUGAGUGCAGCGAUGAUGAUGGAGGACAGGCCCAUGAGCCUGAAGCUGAUGAUGACCUUGGCGUUCACCACCCUCGGCGAGCGCGCCUUCAUGAACCGCACCGUCGGCGAGAUCAUGUGGGGCUACGAGGACCCCCUCAUGAACCUCAUCAAUAAGUACUUCCCAAAUAUGUUUCCCUUCAAGGGCAAGUUCGGGUUAUUUGCAGAGCUCAACAACUCCAAUUCCGGGCUCUUCACCGUGUUCACGGGGGUCAAAGACUUCAGCAGGAUCCACCUCGUGGACAAGUGGAACGGACUGAGCAAGGUGAGCUUCUGGCACUCAGAUCAAUGCAACAUGAUCAACGGGACCGCCGGGCAGAUGUGGGCGCCGUUCAUGAGCCCCGAGUCCUCGCUGGAGUUCUACAGCCCCGAGGCCUGCCGGUCCAUGAAGCUGGUUUACAAGGAGGCGGCGCUGUUCGAGGGCAUCCCCACCUAUCGCUUUGUGGCCCCCAGCACCUUAUUUGCCAACGGGUCCGUCUACCCGCCCAACGAGGGCUUCUGCCCCUGCCGGGAGUCGGGAAUUCAGAACGUCAGCACCUGCAGGUUCAGUGCACCCUUGUUUCUCUCCCAUCCUCACUUCUACAAUGCCGACCCGGUGCUGGCAGAGGCGGUGGCUGGCCUCCACCCUAACCCAGAAGAGCAUGCCUUGUUCCUGGACAUCCACCCGGUCACAGGAAUCCCCAUGAACUGCUCCGUGAAGCUGCAGCUGAGCCUGUACAUGAAGGCCAUCAGAGGCAUCGGACAAACCGGGAGCAUCCAGCCGGUGGUCCUGCCGCUGCUGUGGUUUGGAGAGAGUGGAGCCAUGGAGGGUAAGACCCUCCAGUCCUUCUACAGCCAGCUGGUGUUGCUGCCCAAGGUGCUGCACUACGCCCAGUACGUCCUGCUCGCCCUGGGCUGCGUCCUGCUGCUCGUCCCCAUCGUCUACCAAAUCCGCAGCCAAGAGAAAUGCUAUUUGUUUUGGAGUGGUAGUAAAAAGGGCUCAAAGGAUAAGGAGGCCACUCAGGCCUAUUCUGAAACCCUGAUGACAUCAGCUCCCAAGGGAACUGUGCUGCACGAAGCAAGACUGUAGGGUUGCAAAGAUGCCGUGAGCUCGCCCAGCCUGGCGGCUCAGCCAGAACAGCUCCCCGGCCCCCGCACCCCGCUUCUUCAGGAGUCUCCGCGGACAGCCCCCAGUCCCAGGGCCUGAGCCCCCCACUGCCACACGCAUGUCCACACGCUACACAUCCCCCAGCACAUGGACACACGCGUGCACAGGUGUAUGCAGAAGCUCAGGGAUGGAGCUGCUGCUGAGAGGACUCAGGGAGAGCCUCAUCAACAAGGACUGUUCCGGAACCUUCUCUCCAAGUGACCCCCAGACACGGCCACAGGUGCUGUGGGCACUGGGUCCCCUCCCUGGGGGGAGCUCUUGACAGCUCACACCAUCUCUCCCCAGUCGUCCUCUCCAUCAGUCUCAAAACACUGCAGCCCCUCUUGGUGGCCCACCCACGGGGACCCCGCUUUUCCUCCGAGGGGCUGGCUCCUGUCCCGACAUCCACCCAGGGGUGCAGACUUCUUGUGCCAAAGCCAGGUGGGCAGGGGGCUUGGGCUCAGCAUCCAGCUGGGACCCGCUGUCCGCCCGUCCCGGUGGGGGCAAGCCCCUUCACCCGGGCCUCCCAAAACCAACCAGCUGAGCGGGGCUGCGUCACUGGGGGCCCCCUGCAGGCCUGGGUCCCCCUGAUGUCCCCCAGGCGUCCGUGUGGUGUCUGGGUCCCUCUCCAGCUAAACUGACAUCAUCCUGUCCUGAGCUGGCCGUCCCCAGCUGCGUGGCAGGGGGCUCUGUCCCGACUGUCCCCCGGGGCCCCAAGCAUUUAGGGGCCGGCAGCUCGGGGUCUGGGCGGGUGGGAACCCCGAUCCUGGUCUCUGCGGAAGCCUCUGUCUCUUUUCUACUGGAAGAAAAAUGAGUUUUAUCUUCUUUUAAAAAUAAUGCAAUAUUGAAGUAAUAAACCUUUUAAAAAAGUGA